GGCAUUUGUCCCAAAAACAGGUGCAACCAGUCUGCUUUCAACAGACGUGUUGGUAAGACAGAUUACAUGACAAUGUCGUAUCCAGUGAUGUCACCCAGGUACAUAGAUAGAUAUGUAGAUGCCAGUGCCACAGAGGCACAUUGGUCUUGUACGCUUGGGGAGAGCGGAACCCAUCGGAGUUAUUGCUUCCCGACAACAAGGUCCUCUGAAGUACAGCAGUGGCCAGCGGCUUCGCUUUGGAGAGCCAGCAACAUAAACAAGUUGGUGCCAUGUCCCUGGACGUGACGCAGGGUGUCCCUCGCUCCGGGAAAGAGGAGGAAAUGACCGAAGCCGUUUUCCUGGAGAAUCUCUACGUGUUCAUGAGGAGCAGAGGAACACCCAUCGACAGGAUCCCUUACCUUGGCUUCAAGCAAAUUGACCUGUUCUUAUUAUACAAGACUGUACAGAAGUUGGGAGGCUUCAGGGAGGUGACUGCAAACCAGAGGUGGAAGCAGGUGUACAAUUUGCUGGGCGGUGAUCCUCGCAGCACCAGCGCGGCCACCUGCACCCGCCGACACUACCAGAAGUUAAUUCUGCCCUUUGAGUGCUAUCUGCAAGGCCUGGAGGAAGUAGCUCUGACACCACCUCAACAGCACAAACGAAGACGGCAGAACCACUCCUCGGACGAGGACUACCAGGGGGAAGUCAAAAGGAGGGCAGUAGCGAAGCAGAUGAGCUCUGCUUUCUUCCAGAGAUCACAUGAAUAUCAGACGGACACCUGCGUUCAGAGCAUCCCAAUACCGGUGACUUUCCAGCAGUAUUCCUACCCAGGCUUCCUACCUCAGUCGGCCUACCGCCUUGGCUUUCCCAGCGUACUGUCGUAUCCCCAAUUCCAGCAGCCCCACGUAAGCCCUCAGCCGCACCUUCAGCCUCAGCUCUACACCGACCCUCAACACCGAGCUUCGCUCGAGCUGCAUUCAGCGCAGGCAAAUGACAGGCCCAAGGAGGAAGUGCUGAGGCUACGAAAGCUAGCUGUGGAGUACGUUUACUCCUCGGGGUGGGAAAAGCCCCUCGAUCUAAGUCACAAGGAGAGGAGCCUAGACAGCAUCAGCCAACGCCCAUCGUCCUUUAGCCUUCCCAAGGGCAACGGUACUCCGAAAUUCUUGAAUAAGGUCUCCUCCAUGUAUUCCUCCUGGAACCUGGCGCAGGACCAAAGCUGUGAGGUGUCAGGAAACACAGCCACCGGUAAAGGAGCAAACGUGAAGAAUUUUCAGAGAGAUCGGGCGCUCGCUGAAUGCAGCGCUACAACAUCUCCUGCAGCCACCUCAUCCUCUGCCUCCUCGAGACUGAGCUCCGGUCCAUUCACCCGGUACAACCAGAAUUCAAGUGCAUAUGUCGUGUCUCCCAAGACACUCCAAAGCAACUGUCCCAAAAGCCCUGAGAAAGAGGAGGAGGAACCUCUUAAUCUCAAACGCUCUCCGUCCAACCCCAAAAUAAAUGUUGAAGGACAAAGAACGAUUGAGAUUCCACUGAAGCUGCUAGAAGCCUAUGUUAAAUCCAAAUAUGAUCCCCAGGAUAUGUGUCGCAAAGACAAGGCUGUCCAUCCUGUUGACUGUCCAUAUACAGUACAAGAGGAUUAUAAAGAUAUGAAGAAGGUUAUGGUGCAACUUCCUGUGGAAAUGGAUAUGGUGCAUUGCGGUAAACUCGAGGCAAAAAGGCACAGAGAAAUUUUUAAGACUCAUAGUAGCUUAGGCCAACAAAACAUCCAGCAAACUUCAUCAGUGAAUACACCAUGGGAUAGGGAAGAUAUGUCAGAUGUUGGAGCGACCAAGCUGCGCCUGGCAUGUGGUGUUUCAGGGGUUCCCGAUGGCGAUAAUGCCAACGUUUGGCCAUUGUUUCAGUGCAAAGAUCCAGAGACUCUGAAGCUUUUGCAAAGGAGGUGGCAGUAUGUUCAAAACUUGAUGGUGGACCUAAGUGACAGUAAGACAGUGAGCCAGAGCUGCCUUUGAAGAAGAACAGCAGGAGUCUUGACGCGGCAGCCUUCAGUUUUUCUAUCCCUCAGAAAGGACAGUCUCCUAUCAGCCUGGGCCAGACUGGUGCUGUCCAAAUAACACGGACGGGGUCUCCCAGAAUGGUCCUGGAGAAACCGAAGAAACCGCCAUUGCUUUCCCUGCUGCCCGUUCCCCUGGAGCAACCUGUUCUCCAGGUCUCCCUGGGACCAUCCAGCUCCAGGGACUCGAGAGUAACGGACACAUUACCGAAAAAACGACAACCCUUCUCUCCAACCAAGUGUCAUAAUUUUAUCUCCGUGUUCUCAUUUUCGUCGAUGUAUUUUAACAAUAUAUACGGAAGAAGGCCUUUUCGGUCAUGAGCUACAACUGGGAAGCCUUAUGGAAAGAGGUGCUUCCCUCAUUGUGUAGCCGCUCCACCGCUGUCACUUCAAAGAAUGUUCUCAGUGUAUAAAGUAUAUGACGUGUAUAUAAAGUGACUAAAUGAUGUAAGAAGAUACCUAGAAAGAAGUCUCCAUUUGCAACAUAAAUCAAACAAGAUAACUUGUAUAUUCUCAAAUCACACACACAUUGGCUGAAACUAUUGUCCCAAGCGGGGUCGAGGUGAGCCGAAGCCUA